UGGGUUGAGAAGUGUGCCUGUUCAAGCAUUUCAAGAAUUUCAAGCUUUUUUAUUUUUUAGCAAAUGGAAAACCAGACCUAUUACUGAGAGGCAACCACUUAGAAUUAGGUAUCUCCGGUCAGCAGAAGGCUUUUGCUUUCUGUGGUUUGUCUUCAGCUGAAUGGAAAGAUGAGGCUGACUGCUCCGAAAAGCUUUGCAGUCUGGGAAACAAGCCUUAAUAGAGCAGAGGUGGAAGAAACCCUGAAGCGACUGCAGAGCCAGAAGGGUGUGCAGGGGAUCAUCGUGGUGAACACGGAAGGCAUUCCCAUCAAAAGCACCAUGGACAACCCCACCACCACACAGUACGCCAACCUCAUGCACAGCUUCAUCCUGAAGGCAAGGAGCACUGUGCGAGAAAUCGACCCCCAGAAUGACCUCACCUUCCUGCGAAUUCGUUCCAAGAAAAAUGAAAUUAUGGUUGCACCAGAUAAAGACUAUUUCCUGAUUGUGGUUCAGAAUCCAACCGAAUAAGCUACUCGGCUCCUUAUGUUAGUCCUUAAAUUAAUCCCCCUGCCCCCAAGCGUAAAUCAUGCCAAUCCACUACAAAUGGAAUCAUACACUCAAGCCAAUCCAGCGACCAAGGGAGAGCUGCUGCCUCGCCCGCCCCACCUGUGGAAGGAACGCUCUGCCGCACCUGUGGCUGCCGAGGUCCCGCGGCAGGGCCUUCCCCUUCCAGAGAUCCCUCCCAUGGCACCUGGGGGUCGGAGCAAGGGCUGUGAGGAGCCCCCGCCUGCUUCCUCCUGACCUUCAGUUCACCUGUCGCCCUUGGAAAAGUCUGUUUUUCUUUACCUAAAAAUAACCUAAAGGCUUGCUUA